AGUGGGAGGUGAACACGUAGUAUUCUUCUGUUCACAGCGCUAUACCACCGAUGGCCCUCAAACCUUGUUAUCAUCCUUCAUCUGCUUCUUUUGCCCUCAUUAUGCAGCUUAACCACUUCCACGAUCGCAUUGCUAUUGUUUUCUUUCUACCUCAGCUUUAACUUUAGUCGGCUGGCUAAUGAUGAAUACAAUUGUUCGGUUACAAACAUAGGAGAUCUUUGCAGGUGAGUUUAGUGAAGAAAGUUCAAGAAGAAAAACUGAUCCCAAGGUAUCUGUCUUGAACAUGGCCGUUCCCAUAGCAGUUCUUGAUUGUGAUCUCCUACUUUAUGGGCGUGGACACAGGACACCUGAUCGGUUCAAACUGGAGGAUGUUACUGACGAAUAUCUGGUAUCCAUGUAUGGCUUCCCACGUCAAUUCAUUUACUAUCUGGUGGAUCUUCUAGGUGCCAAUCUCUCUCGACCUACCCAGCGUUCCAGGCCUAUCAGCCCAGAAACACAAAUUCUUGCUGCACUAGGUUUUUAUACUUCUGGCUGCUUCCAGGCUCGUAUGGGAGAUGCCAUCGGCAUCAGUCAAGCAUCUAUGAGCCGCUGUGUUGCCAAUGUUACUGAGGCGCUGGUGGAGAGGGCAUCGCAGUUCAUUCAUUUCCCAGAAGAUGAAGCAUCUGUCCAAAAUCUGAAAGAUGAUUUCUAUGGGCUGGCAGGUAUGCCUGGAGUAUUAGGACUUGUUGAUUGCAUUCAUGUAGCAAUAAAGGCACCCAAUGCAGAGGACUUAUCAUAUGUGAAUCGAAAGGGCCUUCAUUCUUUAAACUGUUUGAUGACAUGUGAUGCCAGAGGAAUGCUACUGAGCGCGGAAACACACUGGCCAGGCAGCCUGCAGGACUGCACUGUGCUGCAACAGUCAGCCCUUAGGAGCCAGUUUGAAGCUCGCCUGCACAAAGAUGGCUGGCUUCUAGGUGAUAGUUCUUUCUUUCUUCGUACUUGGCUCAUGACCCCGCUGCAUAUCCCUGAAACACCUGCAGAAUACCGCUAUAACAUGGCACAUUCAGCCACUCACAAUGUAAUUGAACGAACAUUUAGAACAAUGCGUUCUCGGUUUCGUUGUCUUGAUGGGUCGAAGGGCACCCUGCAGUAUUCUCCAGAAAAAGCCAGCCACAUAAUCCUGGCCUGUUGUGUGCUUCAUAACAUCUCUCUUGAGCAUGGGCUGGAUGUGUGGUCUUCCCCAACUGUAGGACAGAUGGAACAGCCAGAGGAAGAAUAUGAGCAUAUGGAAUCGCUUGAUUCUGAAGCCGAUCGAGUUCAUCAGGAAUUACUGCUCACUCAUUUUAGCUAGCAGAAUGAGAUAGAUACCAAGUCUGAUUUAAGAGAAAAUUCAGAAAACAUAAAUAAUAUAUCUUGAUUUUUGGAAAGCUAGAACUAGGAAGAAAAUUAUAGGUAUCAGAGAAGAGACAGUAAUUUUGUGUUUGGAGAACAUUUUUCAUCUUUGGUUCAUUGUUCAUACUGUAUCUGAGUCCAUGAAUGUUUACUAUUUCAAUAUAUGCUCUUUUUAAUUUCAGUAUUAUUGAAGGGCAGUGCAUCACAGAUACAUUAUGAGAUUAGAACGGACAAUUGUGCUGGGAGAAUGUUAUGAUAUUUUUAAGCAUUGCAGAAUGUAAUAAUAUCUUUUGUACAGUAUAAUCAAAUUCCAAACAAUGGGGUUUAGACUGAAAUUCAGACUUGACCUGUACAUAGUGAAAAAUUACAUAAACAUUCAU